CACUAUGGCAAUUGUGCCUUUCUCCUGGAAUCUAGUUUUAGAAUGUUUUGUUUCUGAACGGAGACAUGUGGUUAUGCACGUACAGGAAGCUGCUGUCAAAGAUGCGAAAACAUACAAACGAAUAGGAUUUUAAACGACAACAGGAGAUAUACCUGAUUUUUUAAACGUAAUCCCUAUUCCACAUCCUCCGAUUAACUCUGGAGGAAGCUGUUGCUUUGCUCGAACUAUAUUUAGUUGUAAUGAUAAUUUCAUUCUCUUGGGCUGUUUAUUUUAUAUUCGUCUCAAGACCAGCUAUGGGAAAAAACUACAGUAUCAACUGAAGCUCAGACAGUAGAAAAUGGUGAGCGUGCUGUUUGACUGAGCUACGAAAGGAAGAGGAAAAAUUAUGGAUUUUUCAAAGUUCCUGGAUGAUGAUUUUGAUGUGAAGGACUGGGUGAAUGGAGCCUUUAAAAUGGUUCAGAAAGAUGCCCCAGGGAAGGCGGAUGGUCAUGCAGCCACACUGGUUAUGAAACUUCAGCUCUUCAUCCAGGAAGUCAACAAUGCCAUAGAAGAGAGCAGUAACCAGGCCUUACAGAAUAUGCCCAGGGUGCUGCGUGACGUGGAGGCCCUGAAGCAGGAGGCCUCCUUCCUGAAGGAGCAGAUGAUCCUGGUCAAGGAGGAUAUCAAGAAGUUUGAGCAGGAUACAGUGCAGUCAAUGCAGAUCCUGGUGGAGAUCGACCAGGUGAAGUCUCGCAUGCAGCUGGCCGCCGAGGCUCUGCAGGAGGCCGACAAGUGGAGCACUUUGAGCGCAGACAUCGAGGAGACCUUCAAAACUCAGGACCUGGCCCUCAUCUCCUCCAAGCUCACCAGCAUGCAGGGCAGUUUGGCCAUGCUGGUGGACACCCCCGACUACUCUGAGAAGUGUGUCCACCUGGAGGCCCUGAAGAACAGGCUGGAGGCUCUGGCCAGCCCGCAGAUUGUGGCCACCUUUAAUUCACAGUCUCUGGACCAAGCAAAGCUGUUUGUAAAAGUGUUCACAGAGAUCGACAGAAUGCCUCAACUCCUUGCUUAUUACUACAAAUGCCACAAGGGUCAGUUGGUGAGCGUGUGGCAGGACCUGUGUCAGACGGAGCUCAGUCUCAGCAAGCAGCUGGCCGAGUUCUACGACACACUGCUCUCUAUGUGGCACUCGCAGCUGCAGUGGAGCAGUCAGGUGUUCAGGAACCCGUACGAAGUGGUGACAGUGCUGCUGAUCCAGACGCUGGGCGCCAUGGUGCCGUCUAUCCCAGUGUGCCUCAGGACGGCCAUGGAGCGCGCCCCCCAGGAGGAGAAGCUGGAAGCCCUGCUGGAGCUCCACCAGACAGCCGCCAAUUUCGGGAGGAACCUGGAGGCGGCCAUGCUGCCCCACCUGGGUGACACCAACCUGCUGAAAGUGGCUGAGCUGGUGACAACUCUGUAUGACCCCUACAAGCCUUACCAGUUGCAGUACGGGGAACUAGAGGAGACCAACCUCCUCAUUCAGAUCAGCGCAGUGCCCUUGGAACGUGUGGAGGUGAUAGACUGUGUGCAGGAGCUCAGCCAGUCUGUCACCAAGCUCUUCAGCCUGGCCAGCGCUGCUGUGGACCGCUGCGUCAGGCUGACUGACGGCCUGGCUGUGUGCGGACUGCUGAAGGCUCUCAAAGCGCUCUUCACCAAGUACGUGUCGGAUUUCUCCAUCACCCUGCAGUCCAUCCGGAAGAAGUGCAGGCUGGAGGACGCAUGCAGUGCCUCAGCCUACCAGGAGGACUGGACCGCCUUCCAGAAUUCGGUCAGAAUUAUUGCCACUUGUGGUGAGCUGUUGAGGCAGUGUGGAGCCUAUGAGCAGCAGCUGUCGAACAGGAUCCUAGCCACAGCAGGUCGGUACCUCUCAGAAUCCUACAGCCCCCGCAGUUUGACUGGGAUACAGGAGGCCAGCACUGCAGACAGGAAAGCCUCCACUAAGAACCCCUGGCAAGAGUACAACUACCUGCUGAAGGGCGACCCUGCCGAAUACGCCAGCCUGAUGGAGAUGCUGUACAACCUGAAGGAGAAGGGCACGGGUAACUCCAGCCUCCUCACGGAGCCCCGUGCCGCCCUCACCCGCCUAAACCAGCAGGCCAACCAGCUGGCCUUUGACUCGGUCUUCCUGCAGAUCAAGCACCAGCUCUGCCUUGUGUCCAAGAUGGAGCAGAGCAGGAACUCCAGCGGUAUGGGUGAGACUCUCACAGAGGACCUGCCCACCUUCAGCCUCUCCCCACUGGAGUACAUCACCAACAUUGGCCAGUACAUCAUGUCGCUGCCUCUGCAUCUGGAGCCCUUUGUCACGCAGGAGGACCCGGCGCUGGAGCUGGCCCUGCAUGCAGGGAAGCUGCCCUUCCCCCCUGAACAAGGUGAUGACCUGCCUGAGUUGGAUAACACUGCAGACUAUUGGCUGGGCUCAAUCGCCAGGGCAACAAUGCAAACGUACUGUGAUGCCAUCCUGCUGAUCCCUGAGCUCACCUCGCACUCCACCAAGCAGCUGGCAACAGAUAUAGACUACCUGAGCAACGUGAUGGACGCCCUGGGUCUCCAGCCCUCAAGGACACUGCAGCAGAUAGUCAGCCUUCUGAAGGCCAAGCCCGAGGACUACAGACAGACCGCCAAACCAAUGUCAAGAAGACUGGCCUCCUCCAUAGCUGCCAUGAGGAAUAUCGAUUACUGAACAGACGGGGGUGGAGCCUAUAUGAGAUCCGGACCCUGAGAAGAAGUCAGCAGGCCUGUGGCAGUAAGGGAGGGGCCAGACAACUGAGGAGAAGUGGGCUAUCGCUCAGCGGAACGUGUGAAAAACUGGCUGCUGAUUCACUGGUGUGAAUCUCACAUGCUCACGGCAGGCUUGAGAACACUGCAGCAGUUUGCAUGGGAAACUCACCCUACAUUUCAGCUGACUUGCAGCAGAUUGUUUUUUUUGUUUUUUAAAGUGCAGCUGCUCUGGCUGCAGGCUGACAUUAAUUGAAGGGUAGGGACACUGGGGACAGGCUAGGAUGGUUGGAAAUCAUCUGAUUUAUGUUUCAAGCAGAGAGGCUAUUGUAAGAGCCGAACAGCCUUACUUAAAGAAAAAUACUGGAUUUGCAAGAACUUUGUGUUUUAACUUGAGCUUUUAAGCAGUAUAUAGCUACUCGUAAUGGUUAAAAAAUUCUAUAUAUGGUGACAUGAGAUUCUUUUUCUAUUUUUUAAAAUGAAUUUCUUAUGUGUUAGUUGUGUUUCAUAGUGCUUACAUGUAAGAUCAAUGUAAAGUCAUAUGUUAUGUCCAAUUUAAACCAUUGUCAUCUAAAAAAUAAUGGGGAACUUAAAUCAAUCGUUUUGAUGUUCUGAUUUAUAAAACGUCUCAAUAAACAUUACACUACCUUGUCA